AACAGGUGAACACAUUACCACAAACUCUCAACACACACCCUGUGUGGAGUACAGGACAUACAUCAGAUAUGGUUCAUCUUAUGUCAGUGACCCUGCUCUUCUCAGUAGUGUGUGGUAUCAGGGCAGAUGUUCCUCACUGCUAUCACUUUGUGAAUGAGAAUAAAACCUGGAGUGAAGCUCAGACUUACUGCAGAGAGAAAUACACUGAUUUGGCCUCCAUCAAUAACAUGGAAGAGAUGAUAAAGCUGGAUCACACACUGAAGAAGGAAACUGCAAAGCAAGCUUGGAUCGGUCUACAGAGAGGGGGCACUGGGAAAUGGCAGUGGUCUCUGGCAGACCAAACUUUCUACAGAGACAGAGACACGUACAGAAACUGGGAAAGUGGACAACCUGGGGGAACUGAGUUCUGUGUUCCAAUGUACAAAUCUAAUGGCAAGUGGCAUGAUUACCCCUGUAACUUCUCAUUCCCUUUUGUGUGUUAUGAAGAAAAGAACACAAAUACUGAUAGAUACAUAUUGAUUAAUGAGAUAAAGACCUGGAGUGAUGCCCAAACCUACUGCCGAGAGAAUCACACUGACCUGGUCAGUGUGAGGAACCAAACUGAGAAUGAGGAGAUCAGGGGAAAGAUUCAAAGUUCAAGAAAUGAGCCUGCUUGGAUUGGUCUGUUUUAUGACUCCUGGAAGUGGUCAGAUCAGAGUAAUUCCUCAUUCAGAUACUGGAGCUCUACCGGACCCAGUGGAGGUUUGAACUGUGCUGCAGUGUCUGUGUCUGAGCCACACUAUUGGAGUGAUGCGAACUGCACAGAAAAACUCCCAUUCAUCUGUCAUGAGAACAGACUGAUCUUGAUCAAACAGAAUCUGACCUGGCGGGAAGCUCUGAAUUACUGCAGGAAUCAUCAUUAUGACCUGGUCUCAGUGCGCACUGAGGAGAUGCAGCUCUGGGUGAAGGAGGUGGUUCAAGAUGCCUCCACUGAACACGUGUGGCUCGGCCUGCGUCACGACUGCACCCAGCGGAUCUGGUUCUGGGUUUUUGGAACCAUGGUCUGCUAUCAGGACUGGGCCCCGGGGACCGGGACAUGGAAUGAAGACUGCAGCCAUGAGAAGAGAAGCGGAGCAGUUCAGUCUGGAGGACAGCAGCAGUGGAUCGACCUGCCUCAGAGCUACAAACUCAACUUCAUCUGCUCUACCUAUGAUGAAAUGUUUUGAGUGAACAUGAAGACUGAAGACAAGCUGUGGUCCACCAUCUGUAUCAAAAUCAGAUCUACAGUACUGUCUCAUUUUAUACUCUUAUAUACAUUAUUGAUAUAAAUGUAUCCUCUUUAUCCAGAUGCUUCAACAAUUUCUUUUUAAUAUGCUCAGUCAGUUCCACUCUCUCCAUACUGCAUGAUCUUUUCAUAUUAUCAGAGAACGUUAUCUAUAAUAUGCUUGCUUUUCUUACGAAUAGAGGGUUUAUGGGCAAUUAAGGUGAAAUCUCUUUGGAUUUUUAUUCUUCAGUGUGUUUGUUCUGGACAUUUUAAUUUUUUUCAUCUGGGAAACAUCCCACAUUCAGAUCAUUUACACCCAUGAAGGAAGUUUGGAACACCUCGCCCUGCAUACAGUGAUGUUAAAAUGUUCAUUAUUGGUGAUGGGUAUACAGGUGUCAUGUGAUACAUUUUUAUUGUUUCUUUUUUUGUGCAUUUUUUGUGUAUCUGGACAAAUGAGCUGGAACGGUCAGCUUCUCGAGACCAAUGCCCUUGUGCCACCUGCAGAAUUCUGGGGCGAAAAAACACCGCAAAAAAACAGAGAACCAGAGAUCGGUUUCACUGCUGUUUAUUCACAGUUUUCUCGCCAAAGAUGAAAUUUUACAGACAACCUUUUAUAAUAAAUUAUAAUCUCUCUAAA